AUGGCAUUUGCUAGAAUAUCAAGAAACUGGAGACGUUCAUCAGGAACAGGCACCAUUAACCGCUACAUAAAUAACAACGAUAUUCCUUCUUACAGCUCCUCAGAUUCAACUUUGAAUGCUAAAACAUUUGGCAAGAUGUCGUACUUAGAAAGCAAAACAAAAGUUGACCAUAUGAACUUUGAGGGCAGGGGAACACAGGCAAUUCAAGGAUAUAGAUUUGGUCAUGCAGAAGGGAUAUCUGAGGAUUAUUCUGAUUCAGAAACUGAGAAUGUUCAGUAUGCUAGUCUUGAAGCGACUAAAGCAGGCGACAAGCCUAGAGUAGUUGUUCUUGGUACUGGUUGGGCAGCAUGUAGAUUACUUAAAGGGAUUGAUACUACAAUAUAUGAUGUUGUUUGCAUUUCACCUAGGAAUCACAUGGUUUUCACUCCUUUACUUGCAUCAACUUGUGUUGGAACUCUUGAAUUCCGUUCUGUAGCUGAGCCUGUUGGGCGUAUUCAGUCUGCUUUGGCAAAAGAUCCAAACUCUUACUUUUAUCUUUCUUCCUGCUACCACAUUGAUACAGAUAAACAUGAGGUGUAUUGUGAGACAGUUAGUGAUAAUGGACUUCCUCAUGAACCUUCGCGGUUUAAAGUUGCAUACGACAAGCUUGUAAUCGCUUCUGGAUCUGAGCCAGUAACAUUUGGUAUAAAGGGUGUGAAGGAGCAUGCAUAUUUUCUUCGUGAAGUUCAUCACGCUCAAGAAAUAAGGAAGAAACUUCUUUUGAACCUGAUGCUCUCUGAAAAUCCUGGAGUAUCUGAGGAGGAAAAGGAGCGAAUGUUGCACUGCGUCGUUAUUGGAGGAGGGCCAACUGGAGUAGAGUUUAGUGGUGAAUUGAGUGAUUUUAUCGUUAGAGAUGUUUGUCAACGUUAUGCCCAUGUUAAAAAUUACGUUCGUGUCACCCUCAUUGAGGCAAAUGAAAUUUUGUCGUCAUUUGAUGUUGGACUGCGGCAAUAUGCAAUGAAACACUUAACAAAGUAUGGUGUUCGUCUUGUUCGAGGAGUUGUCAAAGAGGUGCACCCAAAAAAAUUGAUUCUUAGCAAUGGGAGUGUAGUACCUUAUGGACUUCUGGUGUGGUCGACCGGAGUUGGUCCUUCUGAGUUCAUAAAAUCGCUGGAUCUUCCUAAAUCUCCAGGUGGAAGGAUUGGUGUGGAUGAAUGGUUAAGAGUUCCUUCCGUUGAAGAUGUAUUUGCACUUGGAGAUUGUGCUGGUUUUCUUGAAAACACAGGAAGGCAGGUUCUUCCUGCUCUAGCUCAGGUUGCUGAAAGAGAGGGGAAGUAUCUUGUGGAGUUGUUCAAUAACAAGAUUGGGAAGCAAAAUGCAGGCAAGGCUGGUUCUGCAAACGACCUUGUUCUUGGAGAUCCCUUUGUUUACAAGCAUCUUGGAAGCAUGGCGUCCGUUGGACGCUAUAAGGCCCUCGUUGAUUUAAGCCAGUCCAAGGAUGCCAAAGGAGUCUCGAUGGCAGGGUUCGUGAGCUGGCUGAUUUGGCGCUCGGCUUAUUUGACACGUGUCUUGAGCUGGAGGAACAGGUUCUAUGUCGCAAUCAAUUGGGCAACAACACUGGUCUUCGGGAGAGAUAAUACAAGAAUAUGA